GCGCCGCCGAGCCGGGGCCGGGCACCUCGGCCGCUCGGGCCGCGGCGGCGGGGACCAUGCCGAGGAAAGUCUCCUGAGCCCGGCAACUUCGGCCCCUCCCCGCCCCCACCCGGGCUGCCCUCGGCGCGGCCCUGUCCAUGUGCAGCCGGCCGGCCGGGCUCUCCUCCUCGCAGGCGGAUGGGUGACCUUUUCCUGGCGCGGGCAGGCUGUGCAAGGCGGCGGAGCAGGCGAUGAAGAAGAAGCAGCAGCAGCAGCAUCCCGGCAGCGGCGCGGAUCCCUGGCCCCAUGGGGCCCCUCUGGGGGGCGCCCCUCCCGGCCUGGGCAGCUGGAAGCGCCGGGUCUCCCUGCUGCCUCUCCUGCGCUUCUCCCUCCGGGACUACGGUUUCUGCAUGGCCACCCUGCUGGUCUUCUGCCUGGGCUCCCUCUUCUAUCAGCUCGGCGGGGGACCCCCGCGCUUCCUGCUCGACCUGCGGCAGUAUUUGGGAAAUUCCACUUACUUAGAUGACCAUGGACCCCCUCCUAGUAAGGCGCUGCCUUUCCCGAGCCAGGUGGUGUACAACAGGGUCGGCAAGUGUGGGAGCCGGACCGUCGUCUUGCUUCUGAGGAUUCUGUCAGAGAAGCACGGAUUCAAUUUGGUUACGUCAGACAUUCACAACAAAACCAGACUUACCAAAAAUGAACAAAUGGAACUGAUUAAAAAUAUAAGUACUGCCGAACAGCCCUAUUUAUUCACUCGACAUGUUCAUUUCCUCAACUUCUCAAGGUUUGGAGGAGACCAGCCUGUCUACAUCAACAUCAUUAGAGACCCUGUCAAUCGGUUUUUAUCCAACUAUUUUUUCCGUCGAUUUGGAGACUGGAGAGGAGAACAGAAUCACAUGAUCCGUACCCCCAGCAUGAGGCAGGAGGAGCGCUACCUGGACAUCAACGAGUGUAUUCUUGAAAACUAUCCUGAGUGUUCCAACCCCAGGUUAUUUUACAUCAUCCCGUAUUUUUGUGGACAGCAUCCCAGAUGCAGGGAGCCUGGUGAGUGGGCCCUUGAAAGAGCAAAACUGAACGUGAAGGAAAACUUCCUGCUUGUGGGGAUUCUUGAAGAGUUGGAAGAUGUGCUGCUUUUACUGGAAAGAUUUUUACCUCAUUACUUCAAGGGUGUGCUCAGUAUCUACAAAGACCCAGUUAAGCUGUUGUUUUUAGAACAUCAUGAAACUUCAUUUCAUGCCCCAAUAAAACUAAAAUGUAAUGGGUUACAGCUUUUCUGUUUCUUGAUUUUUCUCCUUCAAACAUCUUUGAUAUUCCAUUCUUUGAAUGGAUUUUUUUUUCAAUGUCUUGCAUGUCAUUCAAAUUAUUCUUUUCUCCUGUCACCUCCUCCACCUGUCUCUAAAGCAGUUUCUAAAGUGAACCAAUCCUGAUAGAACCUAAUGAUACCUAUGCGCAAUUUUUGGAAAUAUUAGCACCUCCUUCUUGGCUGCUUCUAAUGCACCAGUACGGUCUUUCCAGCAUUGGUGGGUUCUUUUUAGUUUUCCCCUCAGCCGCAAUCUUGCCGAAGAGGAAAUCUGGUGCACGCCUACACAAUUUCAGCCUCGUGCCACAUCCAAACCCUCCCCUGGCAAUCUGUCCUCUGUCUCCCUUCGACCAAACCACACAGGUUUCUGCGACUUCUCACAGCCAUUAGCCAGGAAAGUUCAGUUCAAGAUAUCACCCCUGACCGCCUUCAUUUAUAGCCA